AUGUCUUUGGCACCUUACUACUAUAGACCACUCACGCCUCCAGAGGCUAAUGGCGCUGCUGGUCAGCGUGGACAUGCGCGGAACCUGUCCGCUUCCUCCUACUGCACAGCAGAUACUUCACCUGAGUCGGUGAUUACUGCUACCACUGCAGCUUCGACACCCAACCGGUCUCCAGUUCUUCGUCAACAUGGCCCGACAUUGCUCCCAAAGAUUCGGAGUCAGGACUCUGCCGAUUCUCGACAUACGACUCGUCCAUCUAUGCACCGCAGAACCUUGUCGUACGUCAACAACGCAAAAAACGCUCGUCCCGCAAUGUACAGGAGCGCAACUGAGCCGGUGGAAAAUGCUGCAAUGAUGUCGCCAGAGUCCAAUGCUCCUCACUCCCGGUCAAACUCGUCGAUGCCUUCGCCUUCCAUCUCCAAGGUCCAACUCAAUGUUCCUGUCAAAACACAUUCACGCUCAGCGUCUGCAUCUAGCAUCGACAAUAAUGUGUUGAACCGCUUCGGCUACCCUACUUACCGACAGUUGCCGCUUUAUCUGUCGCAUGACCAACAGACCCCAUCGCCCGAUAUGUUUGCCACGACCUAUAUGCCGUACACGAACAUACCCAUGCCUGAGCCACCUAUGAUCAAUCUGGAAGGCACUUUUGAUAUGCCUAUCGAUCUCGACAUCAUAUCACGCCCUUGCUCCAUGACCCCACCUCCUAUGCUUGCCCAGGCAUCAACGACCAGCAUGCUCUCCUAUCUGAGUCAGCCCACCCAACCCAUCAACUUAGUCCGCCACCUCACAUACCAGACCGGUCGAGGUCUGACCAAUCAUUUCUGGUGGGAUGUCCGGAACGUUCGACCCUGGAAGUCUUUCUCGAUACAGACAAUGGCAAGCAUCCCAGAUCUUCUCACGCUGUUGAACUUCCAACAUGACACAGCGAGCCUGCCUUUCACAAACUCCAACUCGAACACGGUGACGCCGGCAUCCGAGGUUGACCUCGCCAACCUGAUCUCCAAGAUUUACUUCCCCAAGGUCAAUGCAGCCACAAGAUUGUCCCUUGGUAACAACUCUGUUUGCUUGUAUCCUUCACCUGCUCCUACCGCCAGUGGGGUCAGUGCGAAUGCCGCAAAUGUUCCGACCUUCCUCGCCAACUAUCCAACUGACAAUGAUCGAACCCUAUCUGGACUCCCACGGGGACGGGUUGUAGGCCUGGUCCGAUCCUUCGAUCGCUGGAACACGGGGAUGCGAAAGGAGGGACCAGCUCGCAAGGUCGAGUAUUUGCGCACAUUAGCACAUUUGCAGAAAUGUAUGCGCGAUCACAGCUGCAGAUACGGAUUCAUCAUCACCGAGAUCGAACUUGUCUGUGUCCGGGCAGGGUGCGAUGAGCGCGAUCAACCUUACUUUGGGCUCCUUGAGGUUGCUGAAGCCGUUGAGACCAAGACAUUUGCUGUCAAUGGAGGCAACCUUACUGGGAGAGGCGAUAUCAGCAUGACUGUUACACUCGCUCUGUACUACCUUCUGAUGCUCUCCAAGGCUACGCCGCUUCCAGGGGAGCCUGGAAGUUAUAUGGAUGUGGGUGGUUCGGGAGCGCUGUCAAGACAGAGAGUUUGGGAUGGUGGGCACGGUACCGCGGCUGGGGCAAUUGUUAUUGAUGAGGAUGGGGACAUUGAAGAGCUCGGGAAAGAUGGUAAAGAUAAAUGGAUCCCAGAACCGCAGAUGGGCGAGAAGAGAGAAGCAAGAACUGUGCGCGGCUGGGUCUGGCCUAGUGACCCAUGGCACAAGAGGGAAGGAGAGCGUGGCGAAAGGGGAACCGGCAGAGGGAGAGAACAAUUUGUUGAGUUCUACUACAAGACUUUCGAUCACGACCGCACGCAGUUGGCUGCUCUUUACAGGAACAACUCCAUGCUCACUUUCGAAAAGGAGCCUUUCCAGGGAACGCAGUCUAUCCUUGAAAAGUUGACGAAUCUUCCUUUCCAGAAAGUACAACACCGUGUCGACACCACGGAUGCACAGCCGUCGAAUGAACAGGGGGGUAUUUUGGUUCUGGUCACCGGCGCUCUGUUGGUCGAUGAUCAACAACACCCAAUGAGCUACGUUCAGACAUUUAACCUCUUGCCGGAUGCGGGUAGUUACUUUGUACAGAACGAUGUCUUCCGGCUGGUUUAUGCUGCCGGCUGA